AUGAGCAAUGCCGGCGUCCGGCUUGUAGACGCGUGGAUUGAGCACUCGAAUGUCCAGGAUGUCCUCAAUGCCGGCACUCUGGGCCAGGAGAGUGGUAAUUCCUUAAUGGAUGUCCUCUUCGGCGACGUCAACCCUUCAGGCAAACUCGUCUACACCAUCGCCAAGAACGAAAGCGACUACAAUGGCGAGAUCUGCCCCUGCUGCGAGUGUGACUACACGGAAGGUCUGUACAUCGACUACCGCCCCUUUGACCAAGCAGAUAUUGAGCCCCGCUUUCCGUUUGGAUACGGCUUGUCAUACACCACGUUCUUAUACAGAGAUCUCAGGAUGGCCUCUUUGCCUAGCAAUGUCUCGACCUACGCAGUCAGACCUAUCAUCGAGGGUGGUCGUGCCGACCUCUUUGACGAUAUCAUCAUUUUCACUGCUGAGAUCACAAACAGUGGCGAUGUUGCCGGCGCUGAGGUCGCUCAACUGUAUCUGGGCUUCCCGGAGAGUGCGAAGAGUCCUGUCAAGCAGCUGCGAGGGUUCUCUAAAGUCUUUCUGGAGCCUGGUGAAAGCAAGCCUGUUGAGUUCACUUUGCAGAGGCGCGACGUGAGCAUCUGGGACACUGUAGCGCAGAAGUGGAAAGUAGAACACGGCACUUUCAAGGCGAUGCUGGGGAAGAGCAGCAAACAGAUUGAAAGCGAGGUGGAGUUUCUGCUGUAA